AUGCAUGAACGAAACCGUCAAGUGUUCAUCCAUGAAUUGUUCCAUAUAUGGAGUAAGCAGGAUAUCAACAUGGAGAUUCGUGAUGAAUUAUAUGCCAGUAUUGGUUAUUAUCGAAUACCGACCGAAAGCCAAGUCGAAUUUCCCGCAAGUCUUUCGGAGAUAAAGAUCACAAAUCCAGAUGCACCAUUGGUAAUGAAAUACUUUAUUAAUUUGACAAAGCGGGAAGAUACCAGUGACAAAACAUAUAAGUGCACGCCAAUCUUACACGCCUCUCGCCCUUUUGAUCCAGCAUUUUUCACCAAUAUGUUUCGUUAUUUCGUCGCAACUACAUUAAUCUUAGAUGAUGAUACAUAUGAACCAUUACAACCAUUAGAAUAUCUACCCUAUGAUCAAACGAAAGAUUUUCUUGAUCAGAUUGGAGAGAAUACGCAUUAUAUUAUACAUCCGGAGGAAAUUCUGGCAGAAAAUUUUGUUCUAUGGAUGAUUUCAUCCCAAGAUCCGGAUCAAUUGAAAACUCCAGCAAUCGUGCAAAGGAUGAACGAUAUCAUUGCUAGGGCUGCUACAUCAAUACCAUCUAAUAACGGUAACAUCCUCUAAUAAGAACAAGCAACGUUCGUCCAGGGACUCGCUGAGCUCUUUCUCGUAGAAAUCAUUUUUCUGAACUACCACCAAAUUAUUUGUGUAGUGGGUGAAUCCACGGGAAGCGUAUCAUCUUUGUGGAAAGUACUUUUUUUAGUGAUCCCAGCCCGCGAGCCGGUGUAGAAAAUCUAAGAGGGAAAGCACAGAAUCCUGGAAUCCCACGGAAUCUCACGGAAUCCAAUGGAAUCCAAAGGCAUCCAAUGGAAUCCAAUGGAAUCUAGUGGAACCAUAUAUGAGCAGAUUUUGUUUUACAUUUACUUAUACGUGGUUGGAUAGAGGUCAUCGACAUGAUUAUAAAAAAGUGGUUCUUAAUUUUUCCAACUAUACUUUUAAUGGAGAAAGUUUUAAAAUAUUUAAAUAACCUAUAAUCGUCAAAAAAGGCUAAAUUUUCGAAAAUACGUUAAAUCUUUGUUUUGACGUUCUUUUCAAAUGGUUUUUCAGAUUCAGCAUAAGAAACUGGGUAUAGGAAACUAUGUUUGCGAAUUACUGACUAAAAAAGUUCAUCGCAUUUUCUUCAGCGGCGACACAGAGGCCAAAAUACUCGUAGUGUAUUUCGUAUAUGUAUCGUACAUUAAUAUAUUUGAAUAUGACAAUGUAAGUCAUCCAUGAAGACGUUCUGCACUCUGGGAAUACUGUACAUUUUCCAGUAGAACAUGUAGACAUGUCAGUUAUUUUUCAAAUCACCUUUUCAUCACUAAUAUGAUCCAUUCAAUAGUUCCACUUUCCCGGAAAAAGGAGAAUUGAUAAAAAAAUAUUUUCUGUAAAAUAAAAUAAAAGAACUCAGGGAGACAACCGGCAGAACAUUUUUUCUACUGUGCCGAAGGAGUCAUACUUAACUUCAUACGUUGGCUCUCCAAAAAAAGAAGUGCUAUGAUCAUUUUUUUCAAUGACUUCAUAUGAAAACUAGAUGCAAAAUAUUCGCACUGUUUUAGAGAAAAUUAAUGAAUAGGUAACUCUUAGAAUAUUUAAAAACUGCUAUCAGCAAACUU